CACCGCGAGUACAAUGUCUGCUUACUAGAUUUAGCAGAACAUCGAUCUUGUAUUAUUAUAAUUGAUCUAUAUCAGGCUUUUUUUGGGAUCGACUUUUUCGCGACGAUAAGUCUUAUCGCUGAUCAAUUAUUAAUAGUACCGGGGAUUCGUCGUUCUGUAUUGACUUGAAGGUCUUUAUUGACGCGAUGCACCGUUCAAACAGCUGAGCUAACGGAAUUAGUAUGCUAGAGCGAACUGGGAUUCUUCGGCCGUGAACGUUCCCCACUCGAGCUUCAGGAGUGGACUUAUUCAUCGAACCGGUUUAUCCAUUAUUCCUAUAUCUCCUUAAAAUUGAUUAAAAUUGAAUAAAAUAAUAUGAAGGCUUCGCGGAGAAGAGAUUAAAACAUGUGCACAACUUUGGCACCGAUCGCGUUUUUAACAUCUGCGAUCAAUGUUAGAUAUUACGAGACAUUUGAAGAAAUGAUACACGAAUCUAUUGUUUCGUUGUGUGCAGCAAGUAGAUCCAAUGUGGGCCGGCGGAAUUAUUCGAGUCACAAGAAAGUCACGCGCAUUUAUAACAGUACUUUAUUACAAACGUCUGGUACCAAACGGACUGCUGGGGGCUGGCAGUACUUUAGAUCCAUCACUGUCGGGAAACGGUGCACGAAACCGGUCAGUCGGCGCCGCGGCAGAAGGCGGAGAGAAUGCUCGUUCCGUGGGUUUUAGAAAAUUCUUUGACAAGUCACAAAAGCGGAGGAUACGUUCAGGCGAUACACUCGCGAGGCUGCGAACGCAAGAACCACCGUGCCGACGAGAUCAUGUCGCGGCAACGGAAGCGCGCGCUCUUCCGGAUACUUCAAAUCGCCGGCUGUCUCGCAGUCGUCUCACUGACGCUGAAGCUGUCCUUCGCUGUUAUCGGCGACGAGAGCAGACCUCUGCCCGCCGACGACGAUCUGAGGAAGCUGAUGUUCGAGGCUGAAGCGGACAACACGCGGCGAUCGUUGAACGUCGAAAGAGUGUGCAAAAAGUAUAACUUGGGAUUUUAUCGGAAGCUCGCCGACGACUCGCCGUUCAAGCAUCCACCCGCGCCGCAGUAUGCCGUCUUCUACAUGGACAGAGUACACAACAUAUCGUACUGUCCGGUGUACAAAGCCGGGACCACGACCUGGCUGUACAAUCUUUGCCUGUUGAUGAACGUGCCCGAGGAGACGCUGAACAGCGGCAAGGAGCAGCUGUCGACCAUCGCCCGGAGGGCGAUACCGGAACUCGAGUAUCCCGAGGCCGAUCGCGUGCUGAACGCCAGCAGGAGGCUGCUGGUCGUGCGGCAUCCGUUCGAGAGGCUGCUGAGCGCCUAUCGCGACAAACUGGAGAACUCCGUCGCCGGGCGGGAACACGGGACGCUUCAUUUCUAUCGUAAAUACGGGGCCAAGAUCGUGCGAAAGUAUCGCAGGGAAAAUUUCACGGAGCCACGGCCGGAUCAGGUGAUCCGACGCGAGGGGGUACCGCCGCCGACCGGGAAGGAACCGACCUUCCGGGAGUUCGUCGAUUACAUGAUCGAGACUGACCUAGGAAGUUACGGCGACGAUCACUGGAUGCCGUAUUAUCUCUUUUGCACGCCGUGCCUCGUCAAGUACGACAUCAUCGCGAAGGUGGAAUCGCUGUGGCGAGAUCAGGUGUACGCGAUCAAUAAGUUAGGAUUGCAGGACAGGAUCAAGCCCAGGUGGAGGCACAGUAAUAGUUACGCUAACGCCUCCAGGAUAUAUUUCAGCCAGUUGAACGGGGCGAUGGUGCGGAGAUUGUACGAGAAGCUGAGGCUGGACUUUGAGCUGUUCGAUUACUCGCCCGACGUUUACUACGAAUACGCUACGUCUGUCGAUUAAUUAAAGCCGAUCGAGCAUAACGAGCUCUGCGUGACGGCAGUCUGGCGCAAUUUUGUAAUAAUAUAAUUAUUAAUCGUGUCUCGAGCACUGUAAAUCGAUGGCCCACACAGAGCAGGCAUCUCGUUCGUGAGAUUUUUAAGGGGAAAAAAAAUGGAAAGGAGAAAGAUACGUUAAGCUCGUAUACGUGCACACGUAAUCCUGAUAAUUGAUGGAGCUUAAAUCACGUUACGUCACGCGACGAACUUUUGUCGACGACGAAAAUCGAUCGACCUACUUCUCACCAUACCUAAUGUAUCGGACCGGCGGUUCGUCCUAAAGUCAAGGGUCCUCGAGUGGACACGUUAAUCGUCAGGCAUCAGCGACAAGCCGAAGCAGGGCAUUACCCUGCUGACACGCGCCUGAAACGGUGCUGUGUGAAUCUCACGCGAAUUUCCACGUCCAACGUGAAUUUCUUCGAACGGUAACGUCACGAUUUUUCCCAACUGUGAUAUAUUGAAGUCUAUGAAACUACUCUAGCUGAAUUAGCUGGAUAUCAUAGUUCAUAGCGUCAAAGGUUAAUCUCUUUGCUAUUCGAAUCAAUUUAUACUAUAUAGUUCGACAUUAAAUAUCUAUAUCAUCUUUAAUUAGCUUAAUUUAGCGUUAUGCGUUUUUGGGGGAAUUUUAAGAAUAAUACGAAAAAUAUAAUCUACAGCUUAUAAUUAAUAAGUUUCGAGGAUCGUAUGCGCA